ACAGCAUUUCCUAUAAGUCGUCCUUCAUCUUCCUCUUGAAAAUAUAGAGACACAGAGAGAGAGAGAGAGAGAGAGAGACAGACAGAGACAGAGAGGGAGAGAGAGACAGAGAGGUGUGAGAAGGGGGGAGAAUGGCCGAUCCGUUUAAACCUCUCAAGAUGGCCAGCUUCAAUCUAUCCCACAGGAUAGUCCUAGCUCCGUUGACAAGAGCCAGAGCUCUCAACGGAAUUCCACAACCGUGUAUGGUGGUCUACUAUGGCCAACGCGCUACACAAGGUGGUCUCCUCAUCGCCGAAGCCACUGCAAUCUCUGAGACAGCGUCCGGGUUUCCAGAUGUCCCGGGAAUCUACACCGAUGAACAAGUAGAAGCAUGGAAAGAUGUAGUGGAUGCAGUGCAUGCCAAAGGAGGCAUCAUCUUCAGUCAAUUGUGGCAUGCUGGCCGAGCAUCGCAUCGAGUAUAUCAGCCUGAUGGACAAGCAACUGUUUCAUCCACAAGCAAGGCCAUAUCUGAGAACUGGAAAGUAGUAAUGCCUGACAGAAGCCAAGAGUUGUUUCACAGGCAACCCCGAGCUCUGGAGACAUCUGAGAUAUCGCAGGUUGUGGAGGAUUUUCGUCAGGCAGCAGUGAACGCGAUCCAGGCAGGUUUCGAUGGGAUUGAGAUACAUGGGGCACAUGGUUACCUGAUCGAUCAGUUCCUGAAGGAUAUGGUAAACGAUAGGGAGGAUGAAUACGGUGGACCAGUUGAAAAUAGAUGCAGGUUUCUAAUGGAAGUCGUUCAAGCAGUUGCCGAAGCCAUCGGUAUCGAUCGUGUUGCCGUCAGGAUUUCACCUGUUUUCGAUUAUAUUGACGGGGUCGAUUCUGAUCCACAUAAGCUUGGGCUGGAAGUCGUCAAGAGGCUAAAUAAGCUUCAGGAGGACCUUGGAUCAAAGCUCGUUUAUUUACAUGUCACGCAGCCUCGAUUCAUGGCAUCUGAAAAUAGUAAGAGGACCACAGUGGAGGAGGCUCAACUGAUUAGUCUUCUAAGGAAUGCCUAUGAAGGUACAUACGUAUGUAGCGGUGGGUUUACUCGAGAGUCGGGGGUGGAAGCGCUUGAGAAUGGCGUUGCUGAUCUAAUUGGAUAUGGUCGCCUCUUCAUUUCCAAUCCUGACCUGGUCUACCGGUUCAAGAUCAAUGCGCCAUUGAACCCAUACAACAGAGAGACUUUCUAUAUCAAUGAUCCUGUCAUUGGCUACACCGACUAUCCUUUUCUCGAUGAGAAAACACAUAGUUCUUUGAAGUCUCAGGCAGAAAAUGCUAUUAUGUUCGGGGCCACAGGGAAUUAAGGGGACGCUUGUCGCUUUGUCAUAUCCAUUGAGUCGCUUUGGAUUUAAUUGGAACACCAAAUCUAUCUGUGGUUAGACCAACAUGUCUUUUGUCCUAUUUAUUAGGUACGGCUUUCUUCUCUGUUUUGGCUUGAUUCGAUGAUAAUAUGGUCCAUCUAUGAAACAUAUGUAUAUGCUCUUUCCAUCGUAUAUCUUUGUUUUGUGUGAUCGGUCGAAGCUAUUGGACAUGAAACUCUUUCAGCUUGAGCA